GCCACAUCUUGGAAGGUCAGCACUGCGUCAUAUUUACUGACCGUAAACCACUUCUCUAUGCGUUCAAACAACGGAGAGAAAAAUUGCCUCCAACCCAAUUAAAUCAACUGUCAUUUAUAUCCCAAUUUACCACCGACAUCCGGCACGUAAAAGGGGUAGACAAUAUCGCUGCCGACACCAUGUCUCGUAUUGAGGCGAUUGCCUUACAAGAAGAUUUUGCAGAGCUCGCCGAAUCUCAAUGCAACGAUCACGAAUUUCAUGACUUGCAACAUAACGGCACGGCAUUAAAAUUGGAAAAAAUAACAGUACCCGGCACCGACAUCACGAUCAUAUGUGACACGUCCACAGGAAAGCCACGUCCAUACCUAACUUUGCCUUUCAGGCGGAAGUACUUCGACAGACUCCAUAACCUGAGCCAUCCAGGUAUUCGUGCUACAUCUGACUGCCAAGGUAGCGGGUGGCCCGGUUUAUUUGCUGUCCAGUGUAGAAGCGCAUAAAGUCAGAAUAGAAGUGCACGAGGGAUUAUUUUGGACAAUGCCGCGCAUUUAUAAGCCUGAACCUGGAGGCAAGCGCUAUAAAAGGUAUAACGAAAAUGUUCUUAAGCAAGCGGUAGAAGAUUAUUUAAUGGGUAAUGAUUCGAUAAAAACAGUAGCUAUGAAAUACAAUAUGCACCCGUCAGUGUUGUAUCGCCACAGCAAAGGACUAGUAAAGUCGCAUGGUGGGCAAAGGGCACUUUCGUUGGAAACUGAAGAAUAUAUAAUCCAAUAUAUAAAUGUUUGUGCCGAAUGGGGCUAUCCACUGGACUCACUAGACUUAAGAUAUAUUGUUAAAAUGUAUCUGGAUAAAAUUGGGAUUACUCAUGCGAUUCAGAAAUAAUUUCCCUGGGCUCGAUUUCAUCCAAUGUUUUCUAAAUAGGCAUAAAGAUAAAAUUUCGAAACGAAUAUGCCAAAAUAUCAAAAGGUCUCGAGCUGCCGUGUCAGCAGAUAUCAUAACAAAAUAUUUCCAAGAAAUUCAAAUAUCUCUGGCCGAUGUUCCAGCGGCAAAUAUCGUCAAUUAUGACGAGACAAAUCUCGCUGACGAUCCAGGGCGCAGAAAAAUUAUCACGAAACGCGGCACUAAAUAUCCAGAACGCGUCAUGAACCACACAAAGGCCAGUGUUUCCUUAAUGAUAGCUGGGUCAGCAGAGGGCCACCUUUUACCACCAUACGUGGUAUACAAAGCACAAAAUUUAUAUAAUACAUGGGUUUCUCACGGGCCUAAAGGUGCAAGGUAUAAUCGUUCGGCAUCAGGAUGGUUCGAUGGUACAAUUUUUGAAGAUUGGGUGCAAUCCAUCAUCAUUCCUUUCUUCGCUGAUAAGCCAGGAAAAAAGCUGCUAAUAGGUGAUAAUUUAUCUUCACAUUUAUCGGUUGAUAUGAUAAAACUUUGCAAAGAACAGCAAAUUGAUUUUAUAUUUUUACCAAGUAAUUCAACACAUAUAACUCAACCUCUCGAUGUAGCCUUUUUUAGGCCCAUGAAAGCAGCCUGGCGGCAAAUACUUCUUAAGUGGAAAAAAACAGAUGGCAGCAAUGAAACAAGUGUGCCAAAAGGUUGCUUCCCUAAAUUACUGAAGAAAUUAAUGGUGGUAAUACAAGAAAAUGCCGAGUCUAAUUUAAAAGCCGGUUUUAAAAAAACUGGCAUCUAUCCUUUAGACGCUACACAAGUGCUAUCUCGAAUACCAACACAAUUGGACAAUAGCACUGGACAUAGGGAAAGCAGUGGAUGAGUCGGUACU